AUGUCACUUAACCGAACUCAACUUCUCUUUGUUAAUCUAUGCGCCUUGGUAUUGUUCUUCUUUUAUAUAAAUAGUCGUAUGAAUACGACGCAAUGGGAGAAUUUGUCGAAAAGUUCUGCUGAUUCGAUGGACCCAAGGUCGGACCUUAUUGUUAUUUAUAACAGGGUACCUAAAACUGGUUCAACAACAUUUACUAACGCUGUAGCUUAUGACUUGUUUAAAUUAAACAACUUUAAUGUGAUACAUCUAAAUAUGACCAAAAAUAGACAGGUUAUGAGUCUCACAGAUCAGAGCCAAUUUAUUGAAAAUAUAACUUCAUGGAAGGAUCGAUUGCCUGCGUUCUACCAUGGUCAUGUGGCUUUUAUAGAUUUUGAAAGAUUUGGGAAACCGAACCCUAUUUACAUCAACAUAGUACGAGAACCCCUUGAACGUCUUUUAUCUCACUACUAUUUUCUUCGGUUUGGUGAUAAUUAUCGCAUCGGACUGAAGAGAAGCAGAGCUGGAAAUAAUGAGACGUUUGACGAAUGCGUGGCACGUGGUGGUCGUGACUGUGACAUGAAACAGAUGUGGCUUCAAAUUCCAUAUUUUUGUGGGCACCACCACUUCUGCACUGUCGUUGGAAGUAAGCUUGCACUGGAGCAAGCUAAGAAGAAUCUGAUUGACAAGUAUUUGUUAGUUGGUCUGAGUGAGCAAAUACGGGAUUUCAUAGCUCUUCUAGAACGUCUUGUGCCUCGUUUCUUCAAGGGAGCCCUUGAACACUUCGAUGGUCUCAGUGAGAAUCGGGCUCACUUGCGGUACACGAAACGGAAAUACCCUCCAAAUGAGCAGACAUUAUCGAUUAUACGAAGAAAUGAGGUUUACCAGUUAGAGAGAGAAUUCUAUGACUUUGCUAAGGAAGAGUUUCAGGCAAUUUUCAAAAAAGCAACCAAUGGAACCAAUAACGCUUCGGAUAUUCUUCGACUGAAAUCGCAGUACCACUAUGAAAAGAUCAAACCUGAAAGACCAGUCGACGUCUGA